GUCGAACAGCUUUCACUGACAGCACGUCAUGUCAGUAUCCAAUCUGUCAAAAAUCGAGUCAAUAUUCCGAUUGCAAUGCAAUCAUUGUUAAAUUUCUAAUCAGAUCGUAAUCAGUUUACGCUGUGUUAAGUUGGCCGUGGAAAAUAGUGUAUUGAAUGUAGUAAAAGGGGUGGAUGGGUUUAGCGCAGCCGUAACUAAGGACUGAGCGCGCACCAUGGCUAUGUCCAAAGGAUUUAAAGUGUUGGAAAAGUCGUGCCCACCAAAUCCCUACAGUAUAAUCCUACAACACAGAAACAAAGAUACUGCUUUACUGUUCGAAUCUCAAGCUGUGGUCUCACUUUCACCUCAGGAGACUGAGACUUUUCGGAAACAGUUUCACAAGAUCGCUGACGCUUACGCCUGCCUAGGCGUUCUGCAGCUGAAUUCCGGGGAAACCUGUCUGCUCUACCUAGUGCUGGUGACCGGGUGCUGCUCCGUGGGAAAGGUGGGCGAUGUCGAAGUUUUCAAAAUUACCCAAACACAAUUUUUACCUCUCUUUUACCAGACUAAUGAUGACAAAGUCUCAGAAGUAAAGAAAUUACUCAAUUCGGGAACUUUCUAUUUUUCUUGGAACACGGGAAAAUCGAACGAUAAUCUCUUUGAUCUCACGCUCUGUGCACAACGCAAAAGCAAAGGAGCUAAUCCUGAUAACAGGUUUUUCUGGAACAGAACUCUCUUUAUACAUUUGAUAAGGUAUGGAAUUGAUUGUGAAGAUUGGCUCACAAGAGCUAUGUGUGGGUCAGUGGAAAUAAGGACCAUCUAUGUGGGGCACCGUCAAGCCAGAGCGGUGUUAGUGUCCCGUCUGAGCUGUGAAAGAGCUGGCACUCGUUUCAAUGUCAGAGGAUGCAAUGAUGACGGCAAUGUGGCCAAUUUUGUUGAAACGGAACAAUCAAUUUACAUAGAUGAUUCCGUGGCAUCUUAUAUUCAGACCAGGGGAUCGGUUCCUCUGUUUUGGGAGCAGCCGGGAGUACAAGUUGGAUCUCAUAAAGUUAAGAUGUCCAGAGGCUAUGAUGCAUCUACGAGUGCUUGCGAUCGGCACUUCUCUGCAAUGAAGCGUAAUUAUGGGUCCGUGAUUGUUGCAAAUCUUUUAGGAUCAAGUUUGAUUGGAGGAAGCGAGGGUGAAGCCACUUUGAGCAAUGCUUUUCAGAAACACCUUAACGAGUCUGCUCAUGCGGAUAUUGUUCAGAUAAUCUUUGAUUACCAUCAGGAAGUUCGAGCCUCAUCCAUUGAAGGAGCUUUAGGGAAAUUCAAAAAGAUAAUAGAGAAAUAUUACGAUGAAAUGGGGAUUUUCAGUGCCAAAAGUGUUGACAUUUACAAUAUCCAGAAAGGUGUUAUCCGAACAAAUUGCCUUGAUUGCCUGGACAGAACCAAUUCUAUUCAGACAUUUAUUGGGCUAGAAAUGCUCAAUAUACAGCUUAUGCUGCUCCAAUGUGUUGACAAGAAACAAAAUGUGAAUAGAUUUGAGGAAGUUUUUAAGCAGAUGUGGGUGAACAACGGCAAUGAAAUAUCGAAAAUUUAUGCAGGCACUGGAGCUAUCCAAGGCGGCUCCAAAUUGAUAGACGGAGCUCGCUCUGCAGCCCGCACCAUACAGAACAACUUGUUAGACAACUCCAAGCAAGAAGCUAUUGAUAUUUUGCUUCUAGGCUCUACUUUAAACUCUGAACUUGCUGAUCGUACUAGGAUCCUCUUACCAGCUAAUCUACUGCACGCAUCCCCUCCGGUGCUGAGAGAAAUGUGCCGCAGAGUUAAUGAGUACACAACACCAUCCUCUAUAAGGAUUACAAUCGGCACAUACAAUGUGAAUGGUGGUAAACACUUUAGAAGUCUCGCCUAUAAAGACGUCAGUUUGGCAGACUGGUUGCUAGAUUGCCCUAACAAUUCAUUAGUGAACACUGUCCAAGGCAAGGAUCAUCCUUCUGAUAUAUUUGCGAUUGGCUUUGAAGAAAUCGUCGACCUUAACGCCAGUAACAUUAUGGCCGCCAGUUCUGACAAUGCAAAGGCAUGGAGUGAGGAGCUAGAAAAAGUUUUAUGCAGAGAUGCACCCUACACCCUUCUCUCCUCUCAUCAAUUAGUAGGCGUUUGUUUAUUCGUAUUUGCUAGAAAAGAUUUAAUUCCUCACAUCCGAGAUGUGGCGCUUGAUUCUGUUAAAACUGGUCUCGGGGGCGCCACUGGUAACAAAGGUGCAGUUGCCAUCAGACUAGUCAUUUACGGAACCUCUCUCUGUUUCGUCUGCGCCCAUUUCGCUGCCGGCCAGUCCCAAGUAACCGAAAGGAAUGCUGACUACACAGAAAUCACGAGGAAAGUAGCUUUCCCAAUGGGACGAUCCCUAUACUCGCACGACUACGUGUUCUGGUGCGGCGAUUUCAACUACCGCAUUGACCUGGAUAAAGAUGAAGUGAGAUUACUUGUUUCACAGAAUAAUAUGCAGCGGCUUUUAGAGCAAGACCAGCUAACGAGACAGAAAGCUCAAGAUCUCGUGUUUAAAAACUGCUUCGAGGGUGAUAUUACCUUCCCCCCGACAUACAAGUAUGAUCUCUUUAGCGAUGAUUACGACACUAGUGAAAAAUGCCGUGCUCCAGCCUGGACGGAUCGCAUUUUGUGGCGAAGCCGGAAAUACACUGUUGACCCGGAAGGUACUUCGGAAUUAGCCGCAGGCAAGUUACUCCACUACGGCCGAGCGGAACUGAAACAGAGCGAUCAUCGACCUGUAAUAGCGAUUCUUGAAGUUGAAGUUCUUCAAGUCAGCUACACGAAAUGCAUGGAAGUGUUUUACGAAGUGGUCAAUGAUCUCGGACCUCCUGACGCGACAAUCGUCGUGCAACCUUGCGAUGCCAACAGUGAAUCUGUAUUUGAUGAUAAUUUGGUAGCUGCGGUUUUGCAAGAGCUCUCGACUAUAGGCGAGGUGACUCUUGUGAGGAUCGUCGAGGAUCAUUCGACUUCGUUGAUAAUAACGUUCCGAGAUGGACAGAACGCUCUCGCUGCCGCGCAGAAGGAACAUCUGACCGUUUGCUCAGUUCCUUUGCGCAUCACUUUAAAAUCUCCGAAUUGGGUGGAGGUCGUCAGGUCAGAGUUGAAUCUGUGCACGAAUAAUACGAUUCCGCUGUUCGGUGAGGCUCAAGCGGAGCGGCCGUUGAGAUCGGCGCCGCCGACGCCGCGCCGGCAGCAGCCGAGCAGACCGCCGGCGCCGUCGCCGACGCCACUGGUGCCGUCGCGCGCGCCCGCCGCUGCGGCUAGUCCCGCUCGUCCGCCGCCUCCGCGGCCCGCUCCAAUGGCGCCUGCUGUUGACAAUGGUAAGCCCGCACCACCGCCGCUGGCUUCGCCGCCUUCGAAUUCUUCACCGCCACCGAUCUCUUCACCUCCACCGGUCUCCUCGCCGCCGGCGGACAGCGGGCCGCCGCCGUCGUGCUCGCCGCCUCCGCCUCCACCGGCUGCCGGGCCGCCCCCACCGGUGCCGGCGCGGCAGGGCGCCCCGCCACCCCUACCCGCUCGCCCGCGACCAGCUUCGUAAAUUCCAUUUACACAUUUCUAGAAUUUGUAAUAACUCGAACAAAUCAUGUACACGGGUAAGUGUUCCAUAGCUCUAUACGUUCCUUUUGUUUACUUAUUUGUUAUUGAAGUUAUUUAUUGCAUUAGAUUAUGUAGUAGGUGUCUACUUUGUUAAAAAAUAUAUCAGCUAUAGGUUAGGUACUUAAUGUAGGUCGUGGAAGCUUGAAGAUAUCGAGUUUGUGUGGAUAUUCUGUACAUGCGUUGUUAAGUAGUGCAUUGUGUGUUUAGCAAAUCCCGGGCUGAUGUUAAGCUGGCGAUGACGCAGGCGUGCGAAGCAGCUCAUUUAUAUGCCUAGGCCGGAUCUUAUCACAAACUAUUCAUAUAGACAUACUAUAUUACCUACGAUAUACGUUUAUUGUUAUCCAUUGUUACAAUUAUAAGAGGUUCUUUUAUGACAGGUUUAUUCAGCAUAAGUGGUCUCAUCACUUUGACGCUCAUGUCGAUACCAAUCGGAAUCAUCAUUUAGGUAAACACUUUACGUUUAAGAAUUAGUGUAUUUUUAUUCAUGGGCAUUUCCAUCCGGACGUUUAGCUUCAUCCAAAUGAACAUCAAAUGCAUAAAAAGAAUACACGUAUGAUACCUACUUUAAGUAUAGGACCACUAUAUCUCAAUUAAUGUUAAAGUUUAUAUUCAUUAAGGCGGUUUGGCUUGAAGAAGUUGGCCAUAAAACGAAUCGAUUAUUACCUCAUUAAUCAAAAUCGGCUGAAUAAUUUCGUAGUUACACCCUUAUUCAUACCUACAUAGCCAGCUAAAACCGCAGCCCUUCAUUUUGACUGUUGCCGUGUCGGGCAUUAGCAAUGAGCAAAGGCCGAAAUAGAUCAUUUGUGUACGUUCAUGCAAUAAAGCCAAUUUAUGAGAUGAUUUCAUUUAACGAUCUCGGUUUCUCCUAUAUACCUAUAUUAUGUAGGAAUGAUAAAUUAUGUAGGUACUCGUAGAUAUUGUAUAUGUUCCUUUUGUUCGUAUAUAAAUAUAAUUACUUAUAUUUACGUAAAUAUGUGUAAGUAGGUAUCUAAAUUUAAUAUUCUCAAUAUUUUUUUUAAGUUUAAAAAGUGGUUAUUAACUUAUUAUGGGAUCUUAGAGGCCCAUGCUUAUUUCCUUUCGGUCAAAUUGGGGCCCCUCUCGAGCUAGAGGCCCGUAGCAUUUUGCUCGCUUUGCUACCCUAUAGCUAUUAGUUACCUAACCAAUAAUUAUUAGAUAACUAUUAACUAUAAGAUAACUAAUGACUACCUAUUAGUUACGCCACUGCUUUGAGUUAGGUCUUAUAGGUAUCUAAUCGAAUACCUACCUUCCAGUUGUACCAGAACCAGUUUAUAUUUACAGAAAUGCAUCGAGAAAAUAGCCAAAUUGAGAUUUAAAUAUGGAAUGAGUUUAAGUGUAGGUAGGUAUUUAGUAACUAAGGCAAGUACCUAAAUAAUAGGUUCCAUUUCAUAGGUACCUACCAACAUUUUUUUAUACUUUAAAAUGUAUCUUGUAUUAUGAUAUACCAAAUAUGAUUAUAGUUAGCUGAGCCGUCAUGUAACCUGUUACUAUUUUUUUUACAUAAGGAACCUCAUUAUAACGCUAAGCUAAACUAUCCAGCGGUUUUACUUGUAGUGUAUCUACUAUGAUUAAUUUGUAGAUUAUAUUCCAUCCAGCAGUAGGUAUGAGCUGCUUUUUACAUGUCUUCAUUUACUAUGUUACAUUACACUAUCUACUGAAUAAGUAGAGAUGUAUUUUAAUUUAAGGCUACUGCAAGGAAAUAUACAGUUGUAUAUCAAAGAUCUAUUUCUGUAUCGUUUUAUAAAUCUUAUUAUUUUUUUUACUUUUAUAUUUUAUUUAAAAUAUCUUCAUACUACUUAUGUUUCAUGGUAUGAAUAAGCAAAAAUGCAUUUGUUAUAGAAAAUAAGCUUGUUGUAAUAUAUUUUAAUUCUGUGAGGUGUAAAGAUGUUCAUUAUUUAUGUAGAAAAAUUACCUAUUUAAGUUUGUACCUACAGUCGCGUCAGUCGCCAUCGAUAUAUCGUAGCGGCCAAGAUGUUCACUAAUAUCUGAACAUUCUAACACCUUGAUAAUAGAGGUGUAGGUUUUCAGUAUUCAGAUAUUUUUGAGCGCCUUGGCCGCUCCGAUACCUAUAGGUACCUAUCUGACGACGACUGUACAUGUCAGUUAUGUUUUUACUGGCGAGGCAUCCAAUCUCCAAUACUCCCAUUGGCUAGCUAAUUUGUUAUCAGUGUUAUCACUAAUAGACGAGUAAUUAAUAUUUCCAUAUAUUUUAUAUUCUAUUUUGAAUUUGAACACCAUCUAUUUUUAUUAAACAUCCAAUAUGUGAAGAAUAGGUAUGUGUGUGUGUUGGGAAGUGGGUACCUUUUUUGCUUUCUUUUUAGCCAUGUGCAAUGAUGGGGAAUGCGGCUUUAUAUGGAUAUUACAAGUCUGUACAGUUUAUUAGUCUCUAUAGAUGCAAUUUGGUUAUUGGUUAUUUGAUGUUGCAUCACAUACCUAUACAUUAAUUAUUAUUACCUAUGUAAGAUCCAUUGAAGUAACGUCUAAAGCGGGAUAAUUUUGAAUAUGGCAAAUACCAACUAAACUAGAAACACUUCCUACUGUGGCCACACUAACGCAAGAUGCCUUGGUAACAUUGACAUAUAUCUAAAGACGGGCCUUACGGGAAAUAAGAAAGGGGCCAGAGGGCUUACCGCGAACCACGUUCGACGUGUUGCCUCCCUGUCGCACUUGUAUAUUCGUACGUAAGUGUGACGGGGAGGCAACACAUCGAACGUGGUUCGCGGUAAGCCCUUAGUACAGUGGUGUCACGCACACGCAUUCAAGCCAACCGUGCACUUGCAGUCUAACGCCACAACGCGAUUGGUUGAUGAGUUCGCAUCACGCACGCAGUUGGUCGCAACUAGUUGCGUUAGACUUCACGAUUGGCUCGAAUUCGUGACACCACAGAACGAGCACCAUUCUUAGUGCUCGUAAGGCCUCCAGAUAUAUAUGUCAAUGGCUGGUGGCUUGAAGUGCUUCUGAUUUUAUAGAUAUUUGCCAUUUUCAAAAUUAUGCCGCUUUCGAAGUUACCUCACCAUAUAGUAUUUCUUAUGAGUAAACACACGAAUGUAAAUCAUAGACUGUUUAAAUUAUGGAGUGCUUUAUGAAUUGUUAGUUUUAAACGAAUUCUGCAAUAUAGCUGGCAUCUGUGUUAUGUUACAUGUAUAUUAUGUGAAAUAUAGAAUUGUUCAAGCACUCAUUUUAUUUUAUUUUCCUUAAAGAUGAUAACUCUACAACAGGGUUAUUU